UUCAUUUCUUGCAAAUUGACGUUUUUGUCUCACUUAAAGAAAAAACAUCUCGUCAAGUUAACUCACUGAGUCACGAUUCUCUCUCUCCGAGUUUGAAGAAGAAACAAAAAAAAUGGUUCACAGAACGGAUUCCUUUCCAACGCCGGAGAAAAAUUGCCGGAAAAAAGUGAAGGCAGAGUUUCAUGAUUCCAAAUAUGAGUUCAUGUCCAAACGACCCAAGUUCGAUUCUUCUCAUCAGGAUAAAAAUGGUGGUGUUAAUAAUGGGGUUUUGGAGUAUAAUCCACUAGAAGAGCCAAGUCCUUUGGGAUUGAAGCUGAAGAAAAGUCCAUCAUUCUUGGAUUUGAUACAAAUGAAGAUGUCACAAGAGAAAACAGCAUCAUUAGCAAAAACUCUUGCUAGAAAAGAAAAGGCUGCUGCUCCUGAUAAUAAUAUUAAUAAGCUUAAAGCUUCCAAUUUUCCUGCUACUUCACUCAAGAUUGGCACUUGGGAGUAUAAGUCGAGAUAUGAAGGUGACUUAGUGGCAAAGUGUUAUUUUGCCAAGCACAAACUCGUAUGGGAAGUUCUGGAUGGUGGCCUUAAGAAUAAAAUUGAGAUCCAGUGGUCUGACAUCAUGGCUAUUAAAGCAAACCACCCCGAUAAUGAACCUGGGACUCUCGAUGUCGUGCUAUCUCGGCAACCUCUUUUUUUCAGAGAAAUUAAUCCACAACCAAGAAAGCAUACUUUGUGGCAAGCAACAACUGAUUUUACUGGUGGGCAGGCUACCCUUCAUAGGCGACAUUUUCUCAUGUUUCCUCAGGACACUUUAGGAAAGCAUUUUCAAAAGCUUAUUCAGUGUGAUCCUCGUCUCAGCUUCCUAAGUCAACAGCCUCAGAUAGAUUUGGAUAAUCCAUAUUUUCAACCAAGGGUUUCCAUUUUUGGUGAUGAAAAUGACAAUGAACAGGCCCUUGAACUGAAGACUACAGGAAGAUUCAGAUUUUCAGGCAUCAGAGAUACAGUUUCAGUUUCUGGAUUGUCGUCUUCUGAUAUUGAGAACCAGAUCCCUUUUAGCUCAUAUACAGAGAACUCCCAGAAAAAGCAUUGUCUGGUCCAAGAUAUGUACGCAGUGGAAGGAGACGUGAGCAGCAAAUAUAAAGAUACUCAAGGACUCGAACUUCUGAACCAAAUCAAACUUCCUGGUCUUCGUCCAUCCAUGUCAGUGGGAGAUCUUGUUAACCACAUUGGGGAUUGUAUCUCGGAGCAGAUGAGAUCCGACCAUCCCAAUCUUUCCAUUGAUGAAACCCAAAAGUGGGAAAUUCUCGAGGACAUAACUCAAUAUUUACUUAAUGACUCACAAACUUUAACAAGUUCCGAUGAAAAGUCUAUCAUGUCAAGAGUCAACUCUCUGUGUUGCCUUCUGCAAAAAGAAGAUACAGGAGUUCAACACGCCCGGUUUAGUUCAGAGAAUGUACCAGAUCCGGCUGCAGGCAGUAUCCAGGAAGAUAUGAACCCUGCCAAUCAAUUGUGUGGAAAGCGAACUGCAAAGAGUGUUUAUGCAACGGGAACUGAGAUUGGUCUGUCUAAUGACUCCCAACAAGGAACAAGCAUGUCGAGGAAGGAUUCCAUUGACGAGUUGCUUCUUCAUCUUCCAAGGAUAGCGUCUCUGCCUCAAUUCCUGGUCCCAGAAGAUUUAGGAAACCAGGGCAGAUAGCAUUAGAUGUUGCUCCUUGAUGAUAUGAAAUCAACUAGAAUAGUGUAAAGAUCCUGUAAAUAUCUGUUUCUGUAUCUGAAUAUGACAUAUCCUUGUACUUGGAGGGAUGGGAUGAAGACAUAUUUUGAUAUCCAGAGAUUUAUAAAUCUAUAUAUAGUGAAUGCUUGCUUUUAUUA